AUGAACGCUGUCAAUGGUCUCACGCCGCAAGAUUUUGCCGAUCCGAACACUGCCAUCCUUGAUGGCAUACGUGUUGGUCUGCGCGGUUUCGUUAACGAGAUGAGGAAGGCAUACAUAUCCUCUUAUGACUGUGCGAAAGGAAUUACGUGGGAUGGUACUUUUACGGACAAAGCACCUGAGGAAAGCAGAAAUGGUGUGAAAGUCUUCUUGACAAUUCAAAAGAUGCUUUCCGAUGACCUGACUGAGUUGUAUACGCAGUUGACUGAAAAGACUGUGUUGCGGGGGCUCAAAAUAUACGCAUCUUCUGAUGACAAGGAAAACACGCUAGGUGAUCUACUGCAAAAAUGCGGGUAUAAAUUAGGCAGUGAGAAUGGUAGGCAGGAUGGCGAGGUUCAGUGCUCUGCUAAAAUGAUGGGCAGAAACAUACUUGGUCACCUUACGCAAAAUAUUCAAAACGCGCACUAUAAUGAACAUCUUAAGCAGUGCAGACCAAAUAGGAAACGGUACAACUUCGGACUAAUCGAUAUAAUAGCGUGCAUCUUCCAACAUGUAAAUCAAUACUACACUGUCUGUCACCUACCAACUGUACAGUCAUCUAAGCUGCCAUGCAACAUUUACCAGAUGCUCUCAUGGCUCUGUGGCUUAACAUAUAAUCAAGUGUACCCGCAACUAUCGCUUAACGCAUUUAGCGAUUUGUUCGAUAAGGGUGAACAAUCUGCGCCAGCAGACAGUGAGGACGUAUCCUUCGUUGACGAAACUGCCGACGCAUUGCCAGCUUAUCCACAUGAAGUCAGCGUUGCAAAUCUCUCGACCACACUUAUGGAGGUAUGCCAUCAUUCGUAUGAGGUAUUGUGUGCAAUACUAGGCCACGGACACGCAGGUGGUCGUUACGCCUGUGAUUUCAAUACGAACCCGGACAAGUUGUCAUAUCCAAGUAACCCGUCAAAGUGUCUAGACCUAUGCAUAGAAAUACUGAUUAGACUAUAUAAUCAACUCUACUUCAUAUACGUUCAGUGUCAUCGUUUAUCAAACGCUGUGUCGUGGCGUGAUUGUUAUUAUGGUCGGCACGUGGGCGGUUCGUCAUGGGAGUGCAAUGAGAUACAAUGCGCUGACCUAAUUGCCAACCAAAGAGGUGCCCAAAAGUGUAACCAAAACGCUGCCCAAACGUGUGAGCAACACCCGAAGUGUGGCAUAAAGUCGCCUCUGCAGUCAUUCUUGGAGGAUGGUCUGCCUGGGUUUCUCCCUCACCCCUUCAAAACACCCAAUUGCAAACUAACUUGUGAAGCGCCAAACCAUCGUGGCAUACCAUGCAAAACUCCAAUGGGCUUUGCAGAUAUCAGUGUAACGGCGUCACAUACAAAAAAAGGAUCGCACCUCGCAGAGGCUUUAGCAGCUUUAUGCGGUACACCGAAUACACCCUUGGCUGCAAUCUGCGCCUCACUUACGUGCUUGUUACAGCGAGCUCCGCAGACCUUGGACGACAUGUUCUCAUUCUACUAUCAUCUACUUAAAGGUUGGAAUGGUAGUAACAGCAAACGCAAUACGCAUAAAUGCUAUGCUUUCAAUGAUGCCGUCACAAAGGCCCAUUUCGGUGAAGCAUAUCCAGAUUUGGAUAUAACCACGAUAUUUAAGGGCAGCGAUCACAGGACUGGUAAUCACGUUAACGGUGAGCUGCAUAGUUUAUUUACGUGCGAUUACGGUAACAAAACUGAAAUGGAAUGCGGCCGGUAUAUGCAGCCAUUUGGCCACAAUAUAUGGACAGUUUUCUCCGAAGUCAAUGCCGACAAAUAUCUCACUUGGAUUGUCUAUCUCACGGAAGCAUUUUACGAUUUACUCAAGAAGCUGUACGAAGAGUGUUGCAAAAACUGCAAAACCCCAGGAUCACGGUGUCAUGGUAAGACGUGUCACCAGAACUGUUUAGUUUCCCAUACCUCCACUCAUUCUAAAAACUGUAGGUCAAUUGCUCAGUGCCCAUUCACACGUCCGACAUUAUGCAAAUACGGAUUUGUAUUUCAGAGCGAAUCAAACCUCAGCGGAACAUAUGGCCCGGAAACAAAACGAACGUGCCAAGACUUCUGCAACGCAUUAAAUAAGGUUUUGAAAAAGGGUAAUGUUCUUGGCGAUUUGACAUAUAUCACCAUUCCGAACUUCCUUUGGAAAAUUAGAGAAAAAUUCUUCUGGACCACCGUCGCCCUCUGGCUCCUCUCCUUCCUCUACCUGACCCACAUCAUGGUCAUCCGCCUCGACCUGCUCCACAUCAAAUCGCAUCUACAUAGUCCAUCAUCACAUCGUAUAGCUGCUCAGUCACUACUCGCCGCUGCACGUGUUAACAAGCUUAACAGGGUGUUUUAUCUGCAACCAUAA